AUGAAUUACAUCUUCCUAAUAUGGACUCUCCUCCCCUUCAAAGCUCUUGCUUUCAAGGAUUCCACAUUCGACCCCGAAUACAACUUCCGUCUUAGGAACAUAACGGGCUUACCGUAUUUCCUCUACUCAUGGAUUGGAUCGUACUACAACGGCACCACAACGUUCAACUUGGAAUAUCUCCUAGAUGGCAAUGGCAAUGAGGUGUGCCGCACCUUUCGAAAUAAAACCACAACAUUCGCAUCUGAAUCCAUUCUGGCCGUGACAAAGACAAACCCCGAUGACAAGGGCAAGAAUCCAGUACAAAUUGCUCUUAAAUCGGCACUAACAGACUUCGACUUUGUCCACGGUUCCGAUAUGGGAAAUGAAGAGAGAAACCUAAGGUGGCAAUUCCUUUCAAUUGAGCACGUAGUUCCAGGCUACACGAGUGGAUCUUAUAAGCCCUACUUCAAUCUUUCGCUCGAGAACGAUCUCGGUCCGCCGUACCACAUUACAGGAGCAUCUAAUGACACUGGACGUGGUGUCAAGACUGUGGAAAUGAACAUGAGUUCCUGUGAUGAUCCGGCCGAUACGUGGUGGGGUCUUAGCUUCUUAGACCAUGGCGACUAUAACCCGGAGGGCAUACCUAUUACCGAGCCUAUCGUCAGUGUAAUGUUCGAUAAUCAAUCGGCCAGUUUCUCUUUUAAUGGCUGGUUCUUGAUCAAUAAUGAGAAAGGGGAUGCUAUGUAUGGAGAAGGAUCGAUUGAAUUUCUGGGGAAGAUAGAUCCUCUUCACUCGGAUAUUUUAAACAAGGGAAGCAAUCCUUCAUGGACUCCAACGCUUGGAUUUGGGAAUAGCUCAAUGAACAUGAAGUUUGGGGGGGAGUCCAAGGAGUCAAUGGCAGUCAGUAAUGGUGUCAACGAUUGGCUGAUCUUCUGGCCAGUUGUUGGCCUUAUCUUUGGCGUUUUCAUCUAG